UUCUCUUCGCGACAUCAGCAGAGAGACUGAUGCCGUCGCGAGUCGCAACCGCGCUGCCCGCGAGCCGCCCGCCUCGCGCACUUCCGUGUUUCCAUAACCUACACUCUAACCAUAAAGUGCUGUGCCAGUGAAAAUGUUAAACUAAAUAGCAGGUGCUAGGAGAAUAAACUGUUAUGGCGAUAUUCAGAAGCAGAAGAUGCUGCUUCGGGCUUCUAAUCUUCAUAGUCCUAGCGACCAAUACCUUCUGUGAUCCAGAGGUGUACUACGAGAAGCAGCGGUACGAUGGCUGGUUCAACAACAGAGCCUAUCCCGACUGGGGGUCCGUCGGUAGCCGACUUACACGCAAGACGCCGGCGUCGUACGCGGACGGCGUGUACAUGAUGGCGGGCGCAGACCGGCCCGGCGCACGCGCACUCUCCAAGCUCUUUAUGCGUGGUCAGGAUGGACUUCCCUCGCUGGCGAAUAGGACAGCCCUGCUGGCUUUCUUCGGUCAAGUAGUAACUGGCGAGAUAGUGAUGGCGUCGGAGUCCGGGUGUCCGAUAGAGCAGCACCGCAUACCCGUGGAGCAGUGCGACCACAUGUACGACCCCGACUGCAAGGGCGCCAAGUACAUGCCCUUCCACCGCGCAGCCUACGACAGGAACACCGGACAGAGCCCUAACAGCCCGAGGGAACAGAUCAACCAGAUAACGUCGUGGAUCGACGGCAGCUUCGUGUACAGCGCCAGCGAGGCGUGGGCGAACGCGCUCAGGUCGUUUCAGAACGGCACGUUAUCCAGCGAGGGUGGUCUGCCGCCGCGCAACACGAAGCGCGUGCCGCUGUUCAACAACCCCCCACCACACUACAUGCGCAUGCUCAGCCCCGAGAGACUCUUCCUUCUCGGUGACCCUCGUACGAACCAGAACCCGGCGAUGGUGACGUUCGGUAUCCUGCUGAUGCGGUGGCACAACGUGAUCGCGGCGCGGGUUCACCGCAACCACCCGGACUGGAGCGACGAGCAGCUGUUCCAGCGAGCGAGAAGGAUCGUCAUCGCCAGCUUACAGAACGUCAUCCUUUACGAGUACGUGCCAGCGUUUCUCGGUGUUCCCAUGCCGGCGUACACGGGGUAUCAUGCUGAAGUGGCGCCGGGGGUGACACAUGCGUUCGCCGUGGCCGCCUUCCGCUUCGGCCACACCCUGGUCCCACCGGCUAUCCUGCUGAGGGACCGGAACUGCAGGACCAGCAGAGCACCGGGCGGCCACGACGCGAUCAGACUCUGCCAGACUUGGUGGGAUGGAAAUGAUGUGAUGUCACAAGUGCCAAUAGAGGAAGUUCUUAUGGGAAUGGCGUCACAGUUGUCGGAGAGAGAAGACGCUCUACUAUGUUCCGACGUACGAGACAAUUUGUUCGGACCCAUGGAGUUCUCUAGAAGAGACUUAGGUGCCCUCAACAUUAUGAGAGGAAGAGACAAUGGGCUACCAGAUUAUAAUACUGCAAGACAGUACUUCGGUUUACCGAAGAGGAAAACUUUUAGUGAAAUUAACCCGGAACUUUUCGAAAAUAACCCAGACCUGCUACAAAAUUUCAUACGAAUAUAUGAAGGCAAUGUUGACAAUAUAGAUGUGUAUAUCGGUGGUAUGCUUGAAUCUUCUGGUCACCCUGGCGAGCUAUUUAGAACCAUCAUCAUCGAUCAGUUCACACGAAUACGAGAUGGAGAUAGAUUUUGGUUCGAAAAUGAAAAGAAUGGAAUGUUCACAUCAGAGGAGAUCUCGGAGCUGCAGAAGAUCACGAUGUGGGACAUCAUAGUGAACAGCACGGCGGUGGGGCCGGGCGACAUACAGCGCGACGUAUUUCACUGGCGCGAGGGGGAUCCCUGCCGCCAGCCGUACCAGCUCAACGCCUCCAAACUACCCCCCUGUAAAUACUUGAAGGGCUAUGAUUAUUUUGAGGGCAACGAGUUUGCAUACAUCUACACAUGUCUAAUACUGGGGUUCGUUCCCAUACUAUGCGCGGGCGCAGGAUAUGGGGUCGUCAAGCUCCAGAACAGUCGACGACGAAAAUUGAAAAUACAACAGGAACAUCUGAAAAACGCUAAUCAAAAAGGUUCCGUGGACAAAAUGGUAUGCCGUGAAUGGGUCCACGCUUCCCACAAGCGGCUCGUCAAACUUCGUCUUGGGCCAGAGCCGUGUAUACACGUGACGGACCGAAAAGGUGACAAGCUGCGGACCGUACCUCUGGAACAUACGGACCAACUUACUGUUGUAGAGAGCCAGGAAGGCCGAAACAACAAACGGCCUCUAGUCCUCAUCAGAGUGCCAAGAGAACAUGAUCUAGUUCUAGAAGUAGACUCACUGGCAUCAAGGCGUAAAUUCCUUGUCAAAUUAGAUACAUUUUUAUCACAACACAAGAAGAUUCUGAAUCUCACGCAAGGUCAUCGUGAGCAAAUGUUAGCUUCGGCUGAAACAAGAGAGAGACGGCAGCGUAAGCUUGAACAUUUCUUCAGAGAAGCCUAUGCCAUAACAUUUGGCUUAGCAGCUGGGGAAAAAAGAUGGAGAAAUGAGGAUUCAGAUCCUGAGUCCAUCGUAAUGAGGACCUCGUUAUCGAAAAGUGAAUUUGCUAGUGCCCUUGGCAUGAAAGCGGAUGCCGUUUUCGUAAAGAAGAUGUUCAAUAUCGUUGACAAAGAUGGGGACGGACGAAUAUCCUUCCAAGAAUUCUUGGACACAGUGGUCCUGUUCUCCCGAGGCGCUACUGAGGACAAGCUACGUAUAAUAUUCGACAUGUGCGACAAUGAUAGAAACGGUGUGAUAGACAAGGGUGAGCUGAGCGAAAUGCUGCGUUCAUUAGUUGAAAUUGCCAGAACUACAUCAUUGAGAGACGAACAAGUGACAGAGCUUAUUAAUGGAAUGUUUUCUGAUGCUGGUCUCCAACAAAAAGACCAUUUGACGUACUCAGAUUUCAAGGUCAUGAUGAAAGAAUAUAAAGGCGAAUUUGUAGCAAUUGGCCUGGAUUGUAAAGGCGCUAAGCAGAACUUCUUAGACACAUCAACUAAUGUUGCGAGAAUGACCAGUUUUCAUAUUGAACCUUCUAUGGAGCAGACCAGACACUGGCUGCUUUUGAAAUGGGACCAUCUCACCACGUUCUUGGAAGAGAACCGUCAGAACAUAUUUUAUUUGUUCGUAUUUUACGUGAUCACGAUUGGUUUGUUUGUUGAACGAUUCGCGCACUACUCGUUCAUGUCUGAGCACUUGGACCUGCGGCAUAUAAUGGGAGUUGGAAUAGCUAUCACUAGAGGAUCGGCAGCAUCCCUUUCAUUCUGCUACAGUCUUCUCCUUCUUACGAUGUCUAGAAACUUGUUAACUAAAUUGAAGGAAUUCAGUAUUCAACAAUACAUACCCCUGGACUCCAGCAUACAGUUCCACAAGAUAGUCGCAUGUACAGCGCUAUUCUUCUCCCUGCUGCAUACAGCGGGUCACUUGGUCAAUUUCUACCAUGUCUCUACACAGCCGGUAGAAAAUCUGAAGUGUCUAACAAAAGAGGUUCAUUUCACAUCUGACUUCCGACCGGGCAUCACAUACUGGGUCUUCCAAACUAUUACAGGUGUCACAGGCGUAUUACUAUUUAUAAUAAUGUGUAUAAUCUUCAUAUUCGCACAUCCGACGAUCCGCAAACGCGCCUACCCGUGGUUCUGGCGCGCGCACUCUCUGCACGUCGCCCUUUAUGCUCUUUGUUUGGUGCACGGCCUGGCAAGAUUGACUGGUGCACCUAGAUUCUGGAUAUUCUUCAUGGGACCUGCUAUCAUAUACACUUUAGAUAAGGUGGUAUCCCUACGCACAAAAUAUCUGGCACUAGAUGUGCUAGAAACUGAAAUGCUACCUUCUGACGUGAUCAAAAUAAAAUUUUAUAGACCACCUAACCUCAAAUACCUAUCUGGUCAAUGGGUGAGGUUGGCCUGUACCGCCUUCAAGAAAGAAGAGUUCCACUCCUUCACUCUAACUUCAGCACCACAUGAGAACUUCCUGUCGUGUCACAUCAAAGCCCAGGGACCCUGGACUUGGAAACUCAGAAACUACUUUGAUCCUUGUAACUACAAUCCUGAAACUCAACCUAAAAUCAGGAUCCAGGGUCCGUUCGGCGGGGGUAAUCAGGACUGGUACAAGUUCGAGGUGGCGGUGAUGGUGGGGGGCGGUAUCGGCGUGACCCCCUACGCCUCCAUACUCAACGACCUUGUCUUCGGCACGUCCACCAAUAGGUAUUCGGGGGUCGCUUGCAAAAAAGUAUAUUUCCUAUGGAUAUGUCCGUCGCACAAGCACUUCGAGUGGUUCAUCGACGUGCUGCGCGACGUGGAGCGCAAGGACGUCACCAACGUGCUCGAGAUACACAUCUUCAUCACGCAGUUCUUCCACAAGUUCGAUCUCAGGACCACCAUGUUGUACAUCUGCGAGAAUCACUUCCAGCGCCUGUCGCGGACGUCGAUGUUCACGGGCCUGAAGGCGGUGAACCACUUCGGCCGACCCGACAUGUCCUCCUUCCUCAAGUUCGUGCAGAAGAAACACAGCUAUGUAUCAAAAAUCGGCGUGUUCUCGUGUGGGCCUCGUCCGCUGACCAAGUCUAUAAUGUCCGCCUGCGAGGAAGUCAACCGGACGCGACGCCUGCCAUACUUCAUACACCACUUCGAGAAUUUCGGAUAGCCAGAAUUCGGGUUUGAUAUUUGUAAUGAAAUUGAAAACUUCAAUCGACAUUCAAAUUGUAUUAGUACGCAAACAAAAAAGUUUUCUUGAUAAUC